AGAAAUACUUUUGUGUUGUGAUAUUGUUGCGUAAUGGCAGCGCCACAUAUCACAACAGAGCUGUCUCUCACUUGUGGAUCACCAGCAGCAGGAAGCUGAGUGGCCGUCAGCACUCGCACUUACAAAACCACCGGUGGUGUGUGUGUGUGUGCGCGCGUGUGUGUGUGUCUAUACAAAGUGCAUGACGCCUGCUCUCUAUCUGGUGAACAACAGAACAGGAAGUAGCAAGGUCUCGACUGUUCUGCCUUCCUCUCGGUUGCUUCUCUCGUUCUGGAUUCAGACCUGGCCUUAUUGAGUCCCAGCGGGAAGGACGUCCUGGACCUUAGAGGCUGCUGGAGUGGUGCCGUGUGUGUGCUGUUGGAGGCGUGGGUGUGGCAGGGCGGCACAGGGCCCGGAGUGAAGGCCGAACAUGGCCUGUGAGGAACCGCUGGAGGACUGGACGGGCGAAGCUGCCGUCGGCACUCUGCUCGAACUUGAUCAUUGCGAUCCGGAAACUUUGAGCGAUCCGGGCGGGCUGUCGGUGCUGGAGCAGCUCGGCCUGGACCAGAACACCGACUUCUCGGACUCCAGCGUGCAGCAGCGGCUGGACGAGCACCGCGAGAGGAUCCGCCGGGAGAUCCGCAAGGAGCUGAAGAUCAAGGAGGGCGCAGAGAACCUGCGGCGUGCCACCACAGACAAGAGAAAUGCCCAGCAGGUGGACACGCAGCUCCGCAGCUCCAAGCGCAAGCUGGAGUCCCUGCAGGCUCAGCUGCAGGAGCUGGACGCUCACAUCGUGGUCAAGGGCCACAACGACAACAAAGAUUCUCCCAAAUCUCCAGGCUCGGUGAGCCGUGCAUCCACCAACCAGCACCGCAUCGCCGCGCUGGAGCGGCAGCUCAACAUCGAGCUGAAGGUCAAACAGGGCGCCGAGAACAUGAUUCCCAUCUAUGCCAAUGGAGCUACCAAGGACAAGAAGCUGCUGCAGACGGCGCAGCAGAUGCUGCAGGACAGCAAGACCAAGAUCGACAUCAUCCGGAUGCAGAUCCGCAAGGCCAUGCAGGCCAGCGAGCAGUCCGAGGACAACCAGGGUAAACCCACGGACCUGUGUGGCGCCGAGCUGCGCAUGGAGGAGCUGUGGCACCACUACCGGGUGGAGCACGCCAUGGCGGAGGGGGCCAAGAACAUGCUGAGGCUCAUGGGAACCGGAAAGGUCCAGGACAAGAAGGCCAUGGCAGAGGCCCAGUGCGGUCUGAGCGAGUCGUCCCAGCGUCUGGACCUGCUCAAGUCCUCUCUGGAACACAGACUGCAGGAGCUGCCGGAGGAUCACCCCAAAGCCUGCCUCAUCAAGGAGGAGCUGGUGCUGGCUUCCUCCUCUGCCUUCAGCUCGCGCCACAGCACCCCCUAUGUUCAUAACCAGUACAGCACCCUGUGCAAGCCCUCGCCGCUGACAGGUACUCUUCAGGUGCGUCUUGUGGGCUGCGUCGGGCUGCCUGAGGUGGUUCCGGGUCGCAGCCGAGGAACCCCAGUGGUCCUCCCCUCCUACUCUCCGGGAGACGGGCGCUCGUCCUUCAAGCUGAGCGGUCUGUACAGUCGCAGCACCAGCAGCAUGAGCCUCAGGAUCCCCGGCAAGAACGAUGAGCUUUCCUCCGAGGUCAGUGCCGUUCUGAAGCUGGAAAACGCCGUCGUCGGUCAAACCGCGUGGAAGACAGUGGGAGAGAAAUGCUGGGACCAGACCUUCACCGUGGAGCUGGAGCGGUCGAGGGAGAUGGAGAUCGCAGUGUACUGGAGAGAUUACCGCUCCCUGUGCGCGCUCAAGUACCUGAAGCUGGAGGACUUCCUGGACAACCAGCGGCACCAGGUCCAGCUGGAACUGGAACCUCAGGGGCUGCUGCUGGCUGAGGUGACGUUUUUCAACCCGGUCAUCGAGCGGGGCAAGCGCCUGCAGCGGCAGAAGAAGGUCUUCUCCAAGCAGCACGGGAAAGCCUUCCUGCGCGCUCGGCAGAUGAACGUGGACAUCGCCACCUGGGUCCGGCUCCUGAGGAACGCCAUCCCCAGCGGUGGCACGGCCUCCACCUUCGCCCCCAGCUUCUCAGGCAACACGCACGGCAGCAGUGACAUCUCAGUGGAAAAGCUGAGUCUGGACAGCGACUCUCCGUCCAAGGUGGAGGUCAGGAGGGAGGCGGUGGAUUCCCCCGGUCCGGAGCAGACGCCGGUCAUCGAGCCUCCGUCUGAGCCAGACGCCUCGGAUCAGGACCAGCCGACCCGAUCGAUCCGCAGCUCUUUACGCAGAGCCAGCAAGGUGUGUCUGCAGGACUUCAGGCUGAUCGCGGUGCUCGGCAGGGGCCACUUCGGCAAGGUCCUGCUCUCCGAGUACAAGAGGAGCGGCCGCAUGUACGCCAUCAAAGCGCUGAAGAAGGGAGACAUCGUGGCUCGAGAUGAAGUGGAGAGUCUCAUGUGUGAGAAGCGGAUCUUUGAGACCGUCAACAGCUGCCGCCACCCGUUCCUGGUCAACCUGUUCGCGUGUUUCCAGACGCCAGAACACGUGUGUUUCGUCAUGGAGUACACGGCCGGAGGAGACCUCAUGAUGCACAUACAUGCCGACGUCUUCUCCGAGUCCCGCGCUGUGUUCUAUUCUGCCUGUGUGGUUUUGGGUCUGCAGUUCCUUCACGAUCACAAGAUCGUGUAUCGGGAUCUGAAACUGGACAACCUGCUGCUGGACACGGACGGUUUUGUGAAGAUAGCGGACUUCGGGCUCUGCAAAGAAGGGAUGGGCUUCGGGGACAGGACCAGCACAUUCUGCGGGACCCCAGAAUUCUUGGCUCCAGAGGUGCUGACAGACACGUCCUACACCAGGGCGGUGGACUGGUGGGGUCUCGGGGUCCUGGUCUAUGAGAUGCUGGUGGGAGAGUCUCCGUUCCCAGGUGACGAUGAGGAGGAGGUGUUCGACAGCAUCGUCAAUGACGAAGUGCGAUACCCGCGCUUCCUCUCCACCGAGGCCAUCGGCCUCAUGCGGCGGCUGCUGAGGAGGAAUCCGGACAGACGCCUUGGAUCUGGGGAGCGCGACGCGGACGAUGUGAAGAAGCAGCCCUUCUUCAGAGGCGUGGACUGGGAGGCGCUGCUCCAGAGGAAAGUCCCGCCUCCAUUCGUGCCGUCCAUCCGCGGGAAAGAGGACGUGAGUAACUUCGACGUGGAGUUCACCGCCGAGGCUCCCACGCUGACGCCGCCCCGAGAGCGUCGCACUCUCUCCCACAAAGAGCAGGACUUCUUCAAGGACUUCGAUUACACCUCGGACCUCUGCUAGACUUCCGGGUCCACGUGUCUGGGAAGCGGCGCCGUCCUGGCGUGUGAUGUCACAGCAGCGGUGCGGAGUGGCGUUUUGCUGAGAUGAUAAACAAAGCUCUAAUCCAGAUUAUGUAACGGGUGUAAACCGAGAUGAUGUGUGGCGACCUGAGAUUAGAGGUCGCACACACACUGCAGUUGGUGUCUCAUGUUUGUCGUCUUUGCCGUCUGUCGCUGCUCAGAGUGUUUCACUGUUUUAAGCCUGUCUGGCCAACGUGCACCGCCUCCUACUGACCGCUGGAGGGCGCCAGAGUGCAACUCCACCCUGGUCCAACAGCGGUUCCACAUUAACCUUCAUGAUUUCAGGUACAGCGCUCUGGACUUGAUCAGGUUCUGUUGGGGUCUUCUUCUACUUUGCGAUGUUUUGUUGUCCCGUCUGUGUUGCGUGUCGUUUUUUUGCUGUUGAAACUGUGACUCAGUAAAGAUGUGAACCUCA